AUGGCAGCGGUAUCGGUGGCCCAGCUGGCCAGCAUCAAAGCACCGUUCACCCUCACAGUUCCCAACAGACAAAGUCACGUCACCUUCCAGCAAAGCAAGACUAUCUAUCCAACUCAUAAUCCUCAGGAGAUCUUCACCCUCCCAGCAAAACCUCUUCUUUCCACAGCGACAACCACCACCCUAGGGCCCGACAUUAUCUCACCACUUACUCUCCCUUCAUCGAAAACACGACCCACCAAAUCCACAACCUUUCUCUGCUUACCCCCGGAAAUCCGUCGCCUAAUAUACAUCCUCAUCCUCAACGUCCAUCCCCUAAAACACCCCGACAUUACGCCUCCCCCACACCCCAAUCUCUUCCCUCUUAAACCUCACGAAAGGCUUAACCAGGCCCUCAAACCCCAAGGCCUAUCGUACACCGACCACUCCUUCUCCAUCGGUUACAUACCUACCGCGCUCCUCCUCACCAAUCACCAAAUCUACUUGGAAGCACGAACGCUCCCAUUUGAGGUUAAUACGUGGGUUUUUGUGAAUCGGUAUGGCUCAGGUUUGCGCGCGGCGAACCGGUUUUGGAGGGCGUUAAAAGAGUGGCAGAGGGAUGCGGUUAGGGUUGUGGAUGUGAGGGUUGUGGGAAAUGAUGUACUGGGUGCGGAGUGGAGGGAGUUUUGUUGGGGUUGGAAGGGGGUGAGAGGUGUGAGAUUGGGUGUUAGUUGCUGGGUCGGGAGGGAUUGGGGGUGGGAGUGGGUUGAGUCACUGACGGGGAUUGAGGGGUUGAGGUGGGUGGAUGUUUGUGUUGAUGCGGGGGGAGGGGAGGGGGAAGGAAAGAGGAGGAGGUGGGUGCGGGAGUUGGAGAGGGUUGUUAAUGAUGGGAGAGAGGGACAUGAGGUGCGUGUUAGGUUGGUUGAGGGUGUGAAGUAG